AUGGACCUGGAGAAGUUCUACCGGGAAGAUCAUGCCUUCUACAAGCUCAUAAUUGGCGAUUUCAACGUCAAAGUUGGCCCAAGAAGAACGCUGGAGGAACUUCACAUCGGGACCCACGGCCUACAAUGGAACGACCAGGGGGAGAGGCUCUCCGAGUUCAUCAUGACGACUAAGAUCAUCCAUGGGAACUCGCAAUUCCAGAAGCCCUCCUCUCUACGCUGGACGUGGGAAUCACCCGGUGGAGGGUACCGUAAUGAAAUAGACCACGUCAUCGUCAAUAAAAGGUUCUGCCUGACGGACGUCGCUGUUGUACCAAAGUUCUAUACGGGAUCGGACCAUCGCCUCCUCCGAGGAAGAUUUUCUUUCACAAGGAGAGCAGAGAAAGCCGCCAAGUUCAGAGGGAGAAAUCCCAGAACUGUCAUCAACUGGGAUCUCUUCGCUACAUUAGCCGGCUUUUGGGAAGAUUCCGCAAUGGACAACAUCGACGAGGAAUAUGACCGGCUCGUUGAACACCUUCACGACUACGCGAAGAAGGCUGAGAGUUCUAAAACCACCAGGAGAUGCCUGUCUCUUGAAACUCUUGAGCUGAUACGCCAGCGUGGAGCAGCACGAGCCGCAGGGAACCAAGAACUCACGUCCGUUCUCGCAAUGCUUUGCAGAGAGGCGAUAAAGGAAGACCUUAAAGAAAGAAGAGCAGAAGUGUUGGCUGAAGCUGCAGAGGCGGGGAAAAGCAUCCGCUAUGCCCGUCGAGACUUCGCCAGUCGCAAGACAAGGAUGACUGCUCUCCGGAACCCGAAGGGAACAACCAUUGCAUCGAGAAGGGGGAUGGAGAAAAUCAUCUACGACUUCUACUCUGAUCUCUUCGACAGCCAUGUCCACUUACUUCCUCAUCAUCUGAGCAGAGAUGGACAUGUCAUUCCAGAGGUUCUCCCGUCCGAAGUACGACAUGCUAUCAUGUCGGUAGGAAAUCGUACGGCACCCGGUCCCGACAGAAUAAGACCAGAACAACUGAAGAACCUUCCACCAGCACUCAUCAACACCCUGGCGAGACUCUUUACACGUUACCUGUCGGAAUGCAAGGUUCCUAAACAGUGGAAGACCAGCAAAACCGUGUUAUGUAUAAAAAGGGAGAUCCACAUGACAUCGGCAACUAUCGCCCAAUCUUCUUACUGUCCGUCAUCUACAAGCUCUUUACAAGAGUGA